AUGACGACAAAAUAUACGGAUGUUAAUGAAUUUCCUCAAGAACUUCGAAAUUCUUUCAAACAAAAUUUAACGAAACCAUUAAAUUAUCGUAAAAAACAACUUGAACAAUUGUACAAUUUAAUAGAUGAAAAUGAGGAUGAAAUCUGUGAUGCAUUGUACAAGGAUUUACAUAAAAAUAAAAUCGAAUCAUUAUUAGGAGAAAUUGAUAUGAUUAGACAAGAAUGUUUGGAUUCUAUUAAUCAAUUGGACGAAUGGACCUCUCCCGAAUAUGUUAAAGUUUCUUUGGCGCAUAAGUUAAACAGAUGUCAUAUCAGGAAAGAUCCCGUUGGAACGGUUCUCAUAAUUGGAGCAUGGAAUUAUCCAAUUACUUUGGUAUUAUGUCCAUUAGUGGGGGCGAUAGCAGCAGGGUGUACGGCAAUAAUCAAACCAUCAGAAUUACCGAUGAAUUCAGCAACCUUACUUUGCAAAUUAUUUCCAAAAUAUUUGGAUCAGAGAUCAUAUAGGUGUAUAAAUGGAGGAUCAAAAGAAAUGACGGAAUUAUUAACUUAUAAAUUUAACCAUAUAUUUUUCACAGGAUCAGGGGUGGUGGGUAAAAUCAUCAUGUCGGCCGCGUGCAAACAUUUAACUCCCGUCACACUUGAAUUGGGAGGGAAAAGUCCCGCAAUAUUAGAUGAUAAUAUCAAUAUUACCGUAACAGCAAAGAGAUUGAUAUGGUCAAAGUCAUUUAACGCUGGUCAAACGUGUGUUGCACCAGAUUAUGUCUUGUGCACUAAAAAAAUCCAAGAAGCUUUACUUUUAGAAUUUCCUAAAGUGAUAGAGAAUCAAUUCGGAAAGGAUGUACAAAAAUCUUCAGAUUAUGCUCGUAUAAUUAAUCAAAGGCAUUUUGAUCGUUUAACAAAUUUAUUGGAUCAAACCAAAGGAAACGUAGUUAUCGGAGGUAAAACCGAUCGUGACAAUUUGUUUAUCGAUCCUACUAUCGUCACUAAUGUACCCAAAGAUGAUAAAUUAAUGGAAGAUGAGAUAUUUGGCCCUAUUUUACCUAUUGUUGUCGUUGAAAGUAUCGAUGAAGCCAUUGAAUACAUUAAUGAAAAAGACACUCCUUUAUCUUUAUAUCCCUUUAGCAAUAAUAAUGAUACCAUCAAACAAAUGCCAAAUUUACCAUUUGGAGGAACAGGAGCAUCGGGAAUAGGAGCAUAUCAUGGACGAGAGGACCAUGUCACAAGAAUUGCUACUAUUAUAUCAACAUAA